CAGUUGUUUAAUAUGUAUUAAGUAUACAAGGUUUUCGCUUUGAAAUUUUCAGAACGUGCACCAGCUCACGACAUAUUUGUCCUGGCAGAAUCCAUAGCUACACAGACUUUUAUGCAAACAAUAAUAACUGGACUAGGUAUUGUGUGGGCUACGACAAACGAAGUGUUUGCAGAUUUUGGAGACUUGAAUUUGACACAACUUGGAGAAGAGAGAAGACGUGUUACUCGAAUAGCUUUGAAAAAAUUGAUGAGCCCGGCGUUGGAUAUUGACAAUAUGACCAAUCUUAUUGAAAUGAGAAGAAUUUUACCCACAGAUUCUGUACAACAUAAAAUCGUCCGUGCAACAGACAGAUCUAUAGAGGAAGACUAUCCAAUAAGGAUGUGUAAUUUAAUAGCGUUGUCGUUGAGUACAAAAUUCCCAACGUUGUACAUCAAAGUUGUUCAGGCUCGCCCGCAUAGUACUUGUAUCCUGAAUGAUGACCAUACACCAUUGGGUUACAAAACGUACAGAAAAAUUGAAGGCGUAUGGUGGCAAGUAAGCAACACUGCCGUUUAUCAUACAGUGCAACUACUGAAAGAACAGUUAUGAUACAAUUUUAUACCAGGAACCGAAUUUGAUAACUCUUUUGAAAUUAUAUGUUGUUUUAUUUAAAUAAUAA